AUGUCAAUCUGUGUUGAAGGUCAGAUGUCAGAUAUGGCUCAGGAAACUGAACAGGAAUUAGCACAAGCAAAGCGAGGGGUUCAGUGGCGCUCCACUCCAGACCCUGAGCAGCGCUCUGCUCUGACCACUGCAGGAGUCACAGUGCCUCCAUUUUGGGCAACAAUCCUUCUGAACUCUGACCCGAAUGGAAACCGUUCUGUCAGGCGACCCGCAGACUCUUUAAAGACCUGUGAACACGAGCGAAUGUCUGUGCUCACUGAAGCGGCCAUUCAAGGCUCAGAAGAGCGUUUUGUCCCAGAAUGCAGUGCAGAUGGGAGGUACAGAGCCGUUCAGUGUCACAGCAGCACAGGAUACUGCUGGUGCGUGAGAGUGGAUUCAGGGUGGCCCGUCCCGCGCACUUCAGCCAGGAACCAACUGCCUGACUGCAGCGCUCAGGAAACACACACGCUCAUCAUCAACAACAGCUACACACACACUCCUCUCUCAGGUCAGUAUUAG